CAUCAAAUAUAUACGAGGCGUCGGCCAUGGAGUUGUCUCAACGGUCUCUUCUCUCCCUGAUUCUUUGUCUUAGUAGACCAGACGACACUUUAAUCCGUUCAUAUAUUCUUUCGUUUCUAGCGCCUGUCGUUCUUUUCCCGGCUCUUUUUCUUUACUCUUCUUAUAUAUACAGAUAAUAAUUUUUAAACCCUGAUCAAAAUGGCCAGCUACCAAACCUGUACAGAAGUCACGCCGUUGUGCCCCGUCGAAGCUACAACAUACGGUUACUAUCCCAACUAUGGUGGUAACAUCUUCUUCACGGUCUUCUAUGGCGUCUGUGGCAUAUUUCAACUCGGGUUCGGCAUUUACUUCCGCUCGUGGACGCUGAUGGUGGCACUGGUGGUCGGCACACUUCUCGAGAUGGCGGGCUAUAUCGGUCGUGUACUGAUGAAUAAGAACCCUUGGGACAGCGGCGCAUUUAAGUUGCAAAUUGUGGCGAUUAUCCUAGGGCCAACAUUCAUCGCUGCGGGCAUCUACCUCACCCUGAAACAUAUCAUCCUUUCGCUGGGACCGGAACACUCGCGCCUCAAACCGAAAUUGUUCACCUGGAUUUUCAUCGGUUGUGAUAUCGGGUCUCUGAUUUUGCAAGCUGCCGGUGGUGGUGUGGCAGCAGCAGCUGGGAGUGAUCAACGGGAUCUUCUCAAUGCGGGAAAUGAUAUUAUCAUCACAGGUAUUGCGUUCCAGGUCGCGACCAUGUCCGUUUGUGGACUGUUAGCACUGGACUUUUUCAUCCGUUACCUUCGGCGUGGCUCGGGAGAGAAGGUACUGGACGGUACAAAUGGACGGAACAAUAUCAAGCUGGUGGUUAUCGCAGAUAUCUUUGCCUACUUUACCGUUCUGAUUCGGUGUAUCUAUCGUAUCCCGGAGAUGGCAGGUGGAUGGGGAAAUCCCUUGAUGCAAAAGGAGGACGAGUUUCUGGUUCUGGAUGGAAUGAUGGUUGCCUUGGCGGUUUUGGCCCUGACGGUUUUUCAUCCUGGGCUCUUCCUCCCAUCAUUAAGGAAGGGUCCCAAGAACGUGGAAGCCGCCUGAUAUACUCAUCAUAUACGACUAAAGAUACCCCAUGUAUGACAACAGAAACAAACAUUUAAGAUAGAUGCAGAUAGAUAUAUUCAUCUCGUUCAGAAAACU